CGUGGUCUAAAGCUCCGCCCACAAGCGUGCGUCCAGACGUACAUUACGUGCGCGCGUCUGUAUUUCCGCGCGGCGCCAUUUCGGAGCGGAUCUGAUCCGGGUCUCGAACACACACGGUCAGAAAAAGGCGACGUUCACGACUGAGACCAUGCAUCGCGACUGCCCUCUGGACUGUAAGGUGUACGUUGGGAAUCUGGGAAAUAAUGGAAAUAAAUCUGAACUGGAGAGGGCGUUUGGCUACUACGGACCCCUGCGGAGCGUUUGGGUGGCAAGGAACCCUCCUGGUUUUGCGUUCGUUGAGUUUGAGGAUCCUCGCGAUGCUACAGACGCCGUCAGAGAGCUGGACGGACGGACCCUCUGCGGUUGCCGAGUGAGGGUGGAGCUGUCCAAUGGCGAGAAGCGCUCUCGUAACCGGGGUCCACCUCCGUCCUGGAGCCGACGCCCAGGACGUGAUGACUACCGCAGACGCAGCCCGGCCCCCAGGCGCAGAUCGCCCAGGAGGAGGAGCCUCAGUCGUAGUCGCAGCAGAUCUCUUUCCAGAGAGCGCCGGAGGGAGAGAUCGUUGUCUCGCGAAAGGAACCACAGACUCUCGCGAUCUUUCUCCCGAUCAAGGAGUCGUUCCAGAUCUAAUGAACGGAAGUGAACUUUGGUGCUGAGAAGACCGUCAUGACGGAAACCUCUGCACAGAUCAUGUUGGAAAAACUUGGAAAAGACUUUUGGAGUCCCCCAGAUGUUUUUUUUUUUUGUAAUUAUUAUUAUUAACAUUAUUUUAGCGGUUCUGUUUCUCUGUAGCCGUGGUUGUGCGUGUUUGCAGUUUUAAUGCGACGGCAUUCCAUCUCACUUUUAAGACUCUUUUUAUUUGUGUUUUUGGCGGUGAAUCUGAUUGGUCCUGAUGCGCUGAGCUCGACCGUGAAUGUUUGAUUUGUGUUUCCGCGAUCAGGAUAAAAUGGAGAACGGCUUUCAUUCUUGUUUAUUUUUAUUUUUUCCUUGUGUUUGUACUGUUUAUAAUGUUGAUCUGUAUUAAAAAAUCAUUACAAAAUG